GGUGACAGAGGCAAAUUUUCCCCGUGCGAAAAUCACGUCGAAGGACGUCAUCGCUCUACACGCCACUCGCGGAACCCAGCGCGUGCACCCCACGCCACUCAUCCGACGCCGCAGGCGAUUCCCGGGACCAAACCACGCAGCCGUCGUCGGAUGGAGAUCACGUGGCUCCACAGAGCGUGAGAAUCUGGCACCGAGAAUCGGAAUCGGGAGAGGUUUUUCUAGACCAACCAAUUCACUUCCUAUAUAUAACCGAAGUAAAAAAAGGCAGUCGAGAUUAAUGUCCGAAAGAAGUUGGAGAAAAACCCGUUUGGCCAAUUACCCCCCCAGCCCCGAAGAACCAAUUCUCUCUCUCCUCGUCCUCCUUCCCACCAUUGCCACCACCUCGCUCCGCCGCCUCCACCGGCCGUACGAAGCCAAACCCAAAUCCCAGCCCCACCACCACCACCACCUCGAGGGGGCUUGAAGAAAGGCCAAAAAACUUGCAAUUUCCGAGCUUCAAUCGUCGCCUUAUUGAUAGUGGUCUCCACAUUCACAUACUUAUAAAGAACCCACCUUCUCAAUUGGGACCCUCGCCGUCACCCAAGAAUCCCAAUAUCCACCUUUUGCGAAAUUUGCCAGAAUCGUUCGGGAAAACUGGUCGGCUUGAUCUCGGCUUCUCCUUGUUUCUCUUCUUCUCUGGUCCGCUAGUUUGGCCAUGGCGGACAUAGUGAAACAGAUUCUCGCUAGGCCGAUCCAAUUGGCCGAUCAGGUGACCAAGACGGCCGACGACGUCCACGUGUCGUUCAAGCCGGACUGCGCCGAGAUUAAGGCCAAGACGGAGAAGCUGGCCGCGCUCCUCCGCCAGGCGGCCCGCGCCAGCAACGACCUCUACGAGCGCCCCACGCGCCGGAUCGUUGCCGACACCGAGCAGGUCCUCGAGAAGGCCCUCGCCCUCGUGGUCAAGUGCCGCGGCAACAGCCUGAUGAAGCGCGUUUUCACCAUCAUCCCCGCCGCCGCGUUCCGGAAGACCUCCAUGCAGCUGGAGAACUCGAUCGGCGACGUCUCUUGGCUCCUGCGGGUGUCGGCCUCCGCGGACGACCGGGACGACGAGUACCUGGGCCUCCCGCCGAUAGCCUCUAACGAACCCAUCCUGUGUCUAAUAUGGGAGCAAAUCGCGAUCCUCUACACGGGGUCGGUAGAGGACAGGUCAGACGCGGCCGCCUCAUUGGUCUCGCUGGCCCGGGACAACGACCGGUACGGGAAGCUGAUCAUCGAGGAAGGCGGGGUGCCGCCGCUGCUGAAGCUGGCGAAGGAAGGGCGAUUGGAAGGGCAGGAGAAUGCGGCCAGGGCGAUAGGGCUGCUGGGGCGGGACCCGGAGAGCGUGGAGCAAAUUGUGAACGCGGGCGUGUGCUCGGUGUUUGCCAAGAUCCUCAAGGAAGGCCGCAUGAAGGUCCAGGUGGUGGUGGCGUGGGCGGUGUCGGAGCUGGCGGCGAACCACCCGAAAUGCCAGGACCAUUUCGCCCAGAACAACGUGAUCAGGUUGCUGGUGAGCCAUCUAGCGUUCGAGACCGUACAAGAACAUAGCAAGUAUGCAAUUGCAAGCAAACAGAAGAUGUCGAUACAUUCAGUGUUGAUGGCAAGUAACAGCAGCAAUAACUGUGAUGCGCAUGGACAUGAAGUUGAUCACGACAAGCAAGCUGUGGUCGGCCACAUGGCUCAUCCAAUGGGCAAUGAAACCCCAAGCCAAAUGCAGAAUGUGGUGGCAAACACCCUGGCCAUGAAGCACCAAACAUCCUCCUCACACUCCAAGCCACCCACCUCGACGCAGAGCCACGCCUCAAAUCACCAUCCCAACAAUGGUAAGACCGCCCAGCACGGCGCUAAGCAGCCGCACCACCACCACCAGCCCCAGCACGUGGCGCUGGCCGGGAGUAGCAUCAAGGGCCGAGAGUUCGAAGACCCCGAGACCAAGGCCCAGAUGAAGGCGAUGGCGGCUCGGGCCCUUUGGCAGCUCUCCAAGGGGAAUGUCGGGAUUUGCCGGAGCAUCACAGAGUCGAGAGCGCUCCUCUGCUUCGCCAUUUUGCUCGAGAAGGGCCCCGAGGACGUGCAGUCCUUCUCGGCAAUGGCGCUGAUGGAGAUCGCCGACGUAGCCGAGCAGAACUCGGAGCUGAGGCGCUCCGCCUUCAAGCCGACUUCCCCGGCCGCCAGGGCGGUCGUGGACCAAUUGCUGAAGGUGAUCGAGAAGGGGGAAUCGCACCUCUUGCUGACUUGCAUCAAGGCGAUCGGCAGCCUGGCGAGGACGUUCCGAGCGACGGAGACGAGGAUCAUCGGCCCGUUGGUGAAGUUGCUCGACGAGAGAGAGCCCGAGGUGUCGAUGGAGUCCACCAUCGCGCUGAACAAGUUCGCGUGCACGGACAACUUCCUCCACGUCAAUCACUGCAAGGCCAUAAUCGGCGCGGGCGGCGUCAAGCACUUGAUUCAGCUCGUCUACUUCGGGGAACAGAUGGUCCAAAUCCCGGCGUUGAUACUGCUAUGCUACAUCGCGCUACACGUCCCCGACAGCGAGACGCUGGCGCAGGAGGAGGUGCUCAUAGUCCUAGAGUGGUCGACGAAGCAGGCGCACCUAAACGAGGAGUUCACGAUCAACGACCUGUUGCCGGAGGCCAAGAGCCGGCUCGAGCUCUAUCAGUCCAGGGGUUCGAGGGGAUUCCACUGAUCCGAUCGGGAGCUGUAAUCGACAAAUGAAAAUGCUUAGAGAUUAGAACGAUUGGGCGGAGAGAAAUUUUGGUUUAGUUUGUCUCUGCUGCGAUCCACAUUAAAUGUAAAUAAAAUAGAAUCGUCACAUUCAAUCACUACCC